AUGAAAUUUGAAGUAUUCAGUUCUCACGGAAACCGAGUCCCGCACAAAAGGUACGAUAUUGAAAAUGGAUACCCUUAUGUAGUUGGAGUCCGAGGACGUGAUCUAAGGGCCGAUGGCAGAGCAAGAAUCCGAACACGGGACGGGGCACGGAGGGUUGCAAGGCGUGGGGAGCAGGGUGCGAGGAGAGGGCGCGGGGAACAGCCGGGAGCAGGAAUAUUCAAAGCGGAACUCAGGGAUGAUAUCUCUGAAAACGGGAAAACUAAACUCAUGGAUGAGACCGUGCUCGUGUCAUUGCAGUUGCGACACGAUCGUCUCACCUUGAGCGUCGGACGACGCAUCCUAAAUAUAGAUGUUGGAUUACGUUCUCGAGUGCGGGGAGGGGUCAGGAGUAGACGGAGCGGGGGUCGGGGUCGGUUUCGGCGGGGCCCCGGCGGGCGUCGACCUCGUGAAAGGCGCGCGGCGGCGGAUCCGCGCCCGCGCCGGCCGCUCGCCUCUUUACGCGCUCUUUCCCGCGCCGCCGCCAACCCCGCGGGCCCCCGACGGUCGCCGCCCGCAGAUAGCAAGUCAGCCGCUACCAACCAACGCACCGUCUGCGUCGCUUAUUUAUAUGAAUAC